AUGUCACGUGUCAGCAUAGAAGAUGUAAGGCCCCCAUCCAAUCACAGUUCACCCCGCGACCUUAUCUCGUUCAGUAGCGACUCUUGUGGUGGCACUCUGACAACUGUUAUUGCUGAUCCAACCCUUUGUACCCCGCGUGCCCAUACGUUCGUGUGUAGGCGGUCCCAUGGGUGUCUUGCCCCAGCCACUGCUGCCGCCCUCCCAGCUGCCGCCCCAGCUGCAGACAGGCCCCGCACUCCAGCACCUCCACCAACUCAUACAGCAGCAACAGGCGAUACUCACACAGAACCAGCAGCCGGGACCGCAGGCGGGGCCGUCUUUUACCAAGUUGCAACAGACAGACACGGUGCUUCAUGGCAGCCAGGGGUGAAUUGGCACUGGGCCAAUGGCCAUGCUACUUGCUGGGUCUCCCCCUCAGCAACAGCACAUGUCGCCGCAGCAAAGACCCAUCAACCCGCAAGCUGGAACCCUGGGUGGUGGUGCCCUUCAGCAGGUGGAUGCAACGGCUGUCAGUGCUGGCGUGCUUCCGGUUGCCAUGCUAGCCCCCUUGGCCCCGACUCCUGUGAUUGGCGCCAUGCCACUUCGUGGUGCUGGACCCCUGGUGCUCCCGCCCAUGGUGGAUGCAACGGCUGUCAGUGCUGGCGCACCUCCGGUUGCCACGCUAGCCCCCUUGGCCCCGACUCCUGUGAUUGGCGCCAUGCCACUUCGUGGUGCUGGACCCCUGGUGCUCCCGCCCAUGGUGGAUGCAACGGCUGUCAGUGCUGGCGCACCUCCGGUUGCCACGCUAGCCCCCUUGGCCCCGACUCCUGUGAUUGGCGCCAUGCCACUUCGUGGUGCUGGACCCCUGGUGCUCCCGCCCAUGGUGGAUGCAAUGGCUGUCAGUGCUGGUGCACCUCCGGUUGCCACGCUAGCCCCCUUGGCCCCGACUCCUGUGAUUGGCGCCAUGCCACUUCGUGGUGCUGGACCCCUGGUCCUCCCGCCCAUGGUGGAUGCAACGGCUGUCAGUGCGGCUUUCGAUCCAGCAACCUGUGA